AUGACUGUAGUAGCCGCAGUGCCAGAAGGCAAAUACGUUGAUAUUUUUGACGGUCACAAAAUCCAUUACCACGAAGCCGGUGAGGGCUUUCCUGUUAUUUUUAUUCAUGGUAGUGGGCCUGGAGCCAGUGGUUGGAGUAACUUUAAAGGCAAUUAUGAAACCAUUGCAAAUUUAGCUAACUGUCGUUGCUUUGUGCCUGAUUUGCUCGGGUAUGGCUAUUCUUCGAUGCCAGAAGAAGCGACCUUUACCUACGACGAUUUAAAAAACGGUAUUCAAGAAUUUGCGAAGCAACUAGGGCUUAAGGAAUAUGCACUCGUUGGCAACUCGAUGGGCGGCGCAAUUGCGAUUACCUUAGCACUAGAAUGUCCUGAGCAGGUCAAGCAGUUAAUUUUAAUGGCACCUGGCGGCUUAGAAGCUAAAGAAGUUUAUAUGGAGAUGAAAGGUAUACGUACAAUGAUUCGGGCCAUGUAUGCGCCAGAAGGUAUUACCCGUGAGUCGAUGCGUAAAGUUUUUUCUCUACAAUUGCAUGACGCCAGUUUGAUCACCGAUGACAUUAUCGAAGAGCGGUUUCAGAUUGCAGAGCAGCAGCCAAGAGGUAUGUUCGAGAAAGUUAUUGUUCCCAACCAAGCAGGUCAGCUUGCUGAGUUACAAAUGCCUAUUUUAGGGUUUUGGGGCGUAGAUGAUCAAUUUUGUCCUGUUAGUGGUGCGAUGAUUGUUGCCAAAGAAGCUAGCCAAACGAAAAUGACGAUGCUAACAGAAUGUGGACACUGGGUGAUGGUGGAACAUGAAGCGUACUUUAAUCAGCAAUGCGCAGAUUUUGUGCGGCAAGAGACGGUGUAA